ACCAGUUUCCUUUUCCUCACAAUAACAACAGCUGGCAGCAGCUAAAGAUGGCCACCGCGACGGUAGCGGGGCUUGAUGCCCACAGGAUGGAGGAAAAGAAGUUCGAAUAUUUCUCCUCCAUCAACUCCAUGGCAAAGAAAAUAAUGCAGGAGAGGGAGAAAAUCAAAGAGAAGCACGGCUCGUCCUGGGAGAAAAUGACGCCGCAGGAGCAGGACAGCGCUAUCGACAACUGGAUGAUGGAUCCCCAUAUUCGAGCCCGAUACGCUAUGCAUAGAGUUGACCGUGACGAAGUGGUCUGUUACCCCAAACUGCUCAUUCAGACUGGCCAGAAGAUAGUUCAUUUCGGAGAGGAGGAUAUUACCUGGCAAGAUGAGCAUUCAGCCCCCUUCUCAUGGGAAACCAAGAGUCAGCUGGAGUUCAGCUUGACAUCAGGCUCUGCAGACCAGGGGAUCUGUGCCUCGCAUGCAGACCCAAAGUCUGCAAAGGCUCCUCAUUCCAAUCAGCAUGGAACCAAGGUGUCCGUCAGUGAGGGCCGGAGGCCAGAAGAAGAGUCGUCUUUCUGGAAGAUCAGUGCGGAGAGGUCCAGGCUGGAGGGGGAGCAAGCUGACUUCCAGUCUCUGACUCCCAGCCAGAUCAAAUCCCUUGAGAAAGGGGAGAAAUCCCUCCCCUCCUACCUCCGACAGGAGACCUCUGUCACCUCAAAGGAGCCUGAGGCAGUAGAGUCCCAUCCUCCACCUCCUACCAGGGCCGCAAAGCAGAGAGCACCCAAACCUCCUGCUCCCCCGCCCCCCGUCCCCACUGCUGUCAGUGCAACGCCGGCGUCCAUCUCCAUCUCGCCAAACCCUGCCCCGCCUGUCAGCGUGUCCUCGACAGUGGCGGGAUGGGAGCGAUCUCAGAGCACCUUACCGUCGGUCAGCAUCACCGUGGAUGAAGUGUUCUCCUCCAACAUGAUGUCAAAGCCCUCCAACAUCCCCGCCAGUGUGGAGAGAGAGAGAGAGGAGGAAGUUUCACCCAACAGCCCCACCUUUUCCCAGUUCAACACAAGCAGCAGCAUCCUGAAGACUGGAUUCGACUUCCUAGACAACUGGUAAACCACAGCUGAGACCAGUUACCGCUCUGAAUGAUUCAUCGUCAUCAUCACUCUAAAGAAGGACCACACUGCCAUGACUACAGACAUCCACAUCUAGAUUUAAAAAACAACAGUCUUUAGAAUGACCACAUUAUGUUCUUGUAAUUAUCUCCAGUGGCUUGUUAAGACAUUAUCUCACCACCUGUGUGCUGGUGUAUUUCCCCCCAUUAGAAGAGCCCCCUCUCCUCACUGACAAGGGUUGAAUCUUCUUAAAUGUCAAACACCCCUCUGCCCACUAAAUGUAGAGUAAGCAGGGAAUGAACCUCACAGAAUGUGCACGCUGUUCCUCGCUGUGCGUUCACACUGCAAUCAACUUGGUUGAAGGGUCCCACGGUUUCACAGAUUGGGGAAACAUGAUCGAUGAACUAUGAUCCCAAUCCCACUUUGCACCUCAUGCUCGUUGGGAACGUCCGAUAGCUAUCAAAUAGCAAAAAAAACGAAGUGUAAAUGCAACCAAAAGAGACUGACUUAGUUGUUAGGUAGCUAGCUGAACUGUUAUUGUCGUAACCAAAGGUGCAGAAAUUGAUCAUUUUUGGAGGUUCAUUAAACCACCUUUUGUGCUGACCCUUAUUUGCAUGAAGCCGGGAAAAACCAAGACAGAUGCAAUCAGGCGCAUUUUGAUAUGACACAUUUUAAGUGACAAGUGCAAAUGGGGCUGAUGCUCCUGACUUACUUUUUCCUGCUUAAUGGUACAAUGUUUAUCCAGUUAGCCACAAUAAUAAAGUCAACUAAAAAAAAAAGCAGGAAACCCUAUAUAACAUUACUUAAAUACGAACCACCAAUCCCAGUGAAAGCUGCAACUGUUGCCUAAGGAUAGUUGUGUCAUCUUUGUUACACAGCAGUCUUUCAAAUAAAAGUUUUCUCAAGAAAUGGGAACCCCUUUUAUAAUUGCUAUUAAUAGUUAUGGUACAUGAAAACAUAUUCUUAGCAGUCGGGGGACUAAAACAGUGGAAAUCCAAUGGCUUUUAUUGGAUAAUCCCAGCAAACAGUCAAGCUGUUGCACAUUUCUUUCAUAUGUACAGUACAUUAACCGCUGUACACAUUGGCCACAUAUCACUUGUAACUGUGGUAACCUGUUCAUCAUGUUAAGUGCCGUAUGAAUGCACAGCAAUGGUGUGACUUAGCUGCCUUCACUUAGAACUUUUAGACGCCACUCUAGCGAGCAAGAACAAUUUUCUACCGCAAGCAUGUAAAAUUUUCAUCUGCCAACACUAAAACCCUCAGUCCAUUUUUAAGUUUUUGUUUUUUGUUAUGAAGACUUUUGCUCUCUGAUGUACUUUUAUUUAUACCUAUAUAUUCCUAUAGAUCUAAGAGUUUUAGAGUUAAAGUAGUGCUCAGUGCUGCAGUCCUGGCCCUCACAGUGCAAUUACUACAGAGAAUGUUCCUACUGGUUAUGGAAUUCCUGCAUUAUUAUCAUGGAGGCUGUAAAGAUGUUGAUUGGAUGGAGAAAAAAUUUACCAUUACAUCACUCUACAGGAAUACAGUGGAAUUGAUUUCCAGCUUUAACACAGUCAUUGAAUUAGAUGGUGGUUUUCAUCCCAACUGAAGUGGAAACCAGACUGUUCUUGUCUUUGGUAUUACGAAAAUCGAACCAGGAGGGAAGAAUAGCCAUGGAAGUGCACAAACUUAGUCAUGGAAAAACUCACGGACUGUCAUGGUAACCUGUUACAGAUGUCCUGUCCUGUAUGGAUUUAGCUGCCUGACAAACUUCCUUACCACCUCACCCCUCUCAACUUUCACCCGACCUCAAACUAGUGUUGAGCAAACCCUAGUGUGCAUUGAUAAUGAAAAUAAGACGCACUCAGAUGUUGUGGUUUAGGUAAAUGGGCAGGCAUGUAGUGAUUUAUAACACUUGUGUCACAGAGUUUACAUGACUAGAGUACUAUUUUACUGAAUUUUAUAUUUAUCCGCUGAUUGUAUCUUCUGCUAUACAUGUAUAUUGCACUCAUGCAUUUUGAGGUCACAGAUUCGAAAGAAGUAAAUAAAUGGAAGUCAAACCCG